AUGGAGAACACCUUGUUCCCAUCAACAACCAAGACACCUUCGCCAAGUCCUUUUCCUCAAACACCAAAAGUCCCCGAAAGUGUUUCAACAUCGCCACACACCUAUCAUUUCCAUACAGGAAGUUCUAUCAUCAACGAAAACCCUGGCUGGGACUCUACCCCUUACACUGAUAACGGUAUUACUAUAUAUUUAGUCAUUCUCGAUAGUAAAGGACAUUUCAUUGCUCACUUUAGACCAGCAGACUUCAUUAUGAUGAAGCCGAUGAAACACAGUGGAGAAUUCUCUUGGAUGAAGAGCUACGUCUACAACACUAAGAUCAAACAACCACUUUUCCCCGUCGCAUGUGACGGGCUCGGCAGAAUUAUCGAUGGGGUCUCCAAAUUGUGA